CGUAAGAACCUAAGAUAUCUUAGAAACUCUGUAAGAUGUAAGAACCUAAGAUAUCCUAGAAACAGUGUAAGAUGUAAGAACCUAAAAUAUCCUAGAAACAGUGUAAGAUGUAAGAACCUAAGAUAUCUUAGAAACUCUGUAAGAUUUAAGAACCUAAGAUAUCCUAGAAACAGUGUAAGAUGUAAGAACCUAAGAUAUCCUAGAAACAGUGUAAGACGUAGGAACCUAAGAUAUCCUAGAAACAGUGUAAGAUGUAAGAACCUAAGAUAUCCUAGAAACAGUGUAAGACGUAGGAACCUAAGAUAUCUUAGAAAC